AUGUACUGUUUGGGUGUCUGGAUUCUCCCGAACAUCCUCCUCCUCCAUCUAGCGCGUGGCAAACCCUUUUUAGAUCAGGGCCGGUUACUUAUGAGGGGAAACGCUCACGAAGACUCCGGUGAGCUUGGGAACGGGGAGGGAGACGUUCAUUUCGACUUCAGAGCUUUCCUGGAGAACCUGAAAGCCGAUUUCCUGAGGAGCUUAAAUUUGUCAGAAGUCCCUUCGCAAGAGAAGUCCAAGGAGGAGCCGCCCCAGUUCAUGAUCAACUUGUACAACAGAUACGCCAAGGACAAGUCUUCCAGCCCCAUCUCCAACAUUGUGCGCAGUUUCAGCCCUGAAGAUAUUUCUUCACUGGAAAUGAAUCCACUUCAGAAAUACAUCUUGCUGUUCAAUGUCUCCAUUCCACGGCAUGAAGAAGUCACCCGAGCUGAACUGAGAGUCCACAUUGCUUGUCAGGAGGAAACAACAUGUUUGUCUCAUGGUCAAGGAAAAGUGUCCAUUUACGAUGUCCUCAGAGGAGAUCGUGGGGAGCAGUCGAAAGGAACCGAAUCCUUCCUGGCCUCCAAAGACAUCCGAGAAUGCGGCGGGGUGAUGUUUGAUGUGUCUGGCACUGUGGAAAGAUGGGUCAGGGGAGACAAAACAAAGGCCAGCAACCAGCUGGACAUUUCUGUGGAGAGUCAUGGGCCGAAUGACCCCUCCUGUGAGAAGUGGCGUCUCAGCGUCAUGCCCAGCUCCAACCACUUGCCCUUGCUGAUAGUGUUCUCCAACGAUCAUAGUAACAGGGUCAAGGAGAACCACAUGGAGCUUCAGGAGAUGAUGGUGCAGGAACAGGAGAGCGCACUCGAGAAUCUGGCGAAGAACACCACGGCUCACAAACACGGCAUCCGUCGCCCUCCCACCAGAAGCAAACGUAGCAUUGAGAUGAACCACUGUCGAAGGACUUCCCUCCGGGUGAAUUUCAAAGAAAUCGGCUGGAAUUGGAUCAUCGCCCCCCAAGAUUACGAGGCCUUUGAGUGCAAAGGGGGGUGCUUCUUCCCUCUGACGGAUAACGUCACGCCGACCAAACAUGCCAUCGUCCAGACCCUAGUGCACUACAAGAACCCCAAGAAAGCGUCCAAAGCCUGCUGCGUCCCAACCAAACUGGAUGCCAUUUCCAUGCUAUAUAACGACGACGCUGGGACACCCACCCUGAAGUACCAAUACGAGGGGAUGAAAGUAGCCGAAUGUGGGUGCAGGUAG